CGCCCCACCCCUCUAGGUACUGGGCCACUGGAAGCCGGGCAUUCCUCCGUCCUAUUGCGUGACUCACAGCUCCCGCCCCUUUUUGCUCGGCUUUCCCCAGGCUCCUCCCUCUCACCACGUGCCCUCCGGGCCGCGCCCCCUGCGCCCUUUCCAACCUCCUGUUGGAAGCUGCUGUAAAAUGUCGUGAGCGGCAUUACAGCUUUACGGCUGCCUCUCCCCGGACGCGAUCUCCCGAGCGCCCACCGCCGCCAGCCGGGUCUCCAGGAGAGUCGGCCUGGCUGAGAGCGAGAAACCCGGCGCGCCGCUGCUCUCCUCGCAGCGCCCGUCCCGGUCCCCGGCGAUGUGAGCUUGAGCCAGCCGCGGUGCCCCCUGGCCCGGGGUUGAGACGCGGGAGGCAGGUGCCUGUGAGGCGGGCCGGUGCCGGGGGCCAGCAGGAUGGAGGAGAGCAUGGAAGAGGAGGAGGUGCUCAUCUACGAGGCGAUGAUGGAUGACCAGAACCACAACAACUGGGAGGCCGCCGUGGACGGCUUCCGGCAGCCCCCACCGACCCCCUCGUCGAUCCCCGUCCCUGCAUGUGAGGCUCCGGGCGGGCAGCUGCUGGCGGUGCCCGCGGUCUCCGUGGACAGGAAAGGCCCGAAGGAGGGGCUCCCGAUGGGGUCGCCGCCACCGCCGGACGCCAAUGGGGUGAUUAUGAUGUUAAAGGGCUGCGACGCGGCCGCCGCCGUGGCUAAGGCGGCCCCCGCCCCCACCCCCAGCCCCAGCUCUGCCAUCAACAUCAACACCUCCACCUCCAAGUUCUUAAUGAAUGUUAUAACUAUUGAAGAUUAUAAGAGCACAUACUGGCCAAAAUUGGAUGGUGCCAUAGAUCAACUUUUAACCCAGAGUCCUGGUGACUAUAUCCCCAUAUCCUAUGAACAGAUAUACAGUUGUGUGUAUAAGUGUGUAUGCCAGCAGCACUCAGAACAGAUGUACAGUGAUCUGAUUAAAAAGAUAACUAAUCACUUAGAGAGAGUCUCAAAGGAGCUGCAGGCCAGCCCUCCAGAUCUCUAUAUUGAAAGAUUUAAUAUAGCUCUUGGACAAUAUAUGGGAGCAUUGCAGAGCAUUGUGCCUCUUUUCAUAUAUAUGAAUAAGUUUUACAUCGAAACCAAGCUUAACAGAGAUUUAAAAGAUGACCUUAUAAAGCUAUUUACGGAACAUGUUGCAGAAAAGCACAUUUACAGCCUAAUGCCUUUACUUUUAGAAGCCCAGGCAACACCAUUUCAGGUCACACCUUCAACUAUGGCAAACGUCGUGAAAGGCUUGUAUACUCUCAGACCAGAGUGGGUUCAUAUGGCUCCAACUCUAUUUUCUAAAUUUAUUCCAAACAUUCUCCCUCCGGCGAUGGAAUCUGAACUUUCUGAAUAUGCUGCUCAAGAUCAAAAACUUCAAAGAGAACUUAUACAGAAUGGUUUUACAAGAGGUGACCAGUCCCGGAAGAGAGCUGGGGACGAGUUGGCUUAUAUAUUUUUUUCAGACAGCUCCUCCGCAUGUGCAAGUUCCAGGGGAUACAGAUAGUGAAUGUGUUGAAUGUACUUUCCUCCCCAAAAGAGGAAACACUGGAGCUGCAGAGACUGUGUUCAGAGCGCAGCAGGGCCUGCAGCACUCAGGAGCUCUGUCAUAAGGCUGUUUUCGGGAGAAGAUGCUGGACUUCUAACUUGGGUUUGUAAUUUUAAAAAAACUAACAAAAAACAAAAACAGAAAAACAGUUGCUGCUAGACUUGGGGGUGAUUAUAACAUGGGACAAUCUUUUAAUGAGGUUUAUCUACAGAUUCUGUGAGGAGCAAGCAUCUUGGAAAGUGACCAUUGAUAAGUGAAAUCCGAGAGCCAAAAUCAGCAGCUUCCUCCAAAAAUACAAGAGCAGAAGAAAUCUUUUUUUUUCUUUCUUUCUUUUUUUUUUUUUAAGCACUUGUUUUGUUUAUUUGUGGACUUGGCACUUCACAUUGAUUUCACAUGUCAAGAUACCUUUUGCUUUUAAAGCCAAGCAGAUGGUUACAAUACAGUAUUUUUCACCCAUAUCCCAAACAGCCCCCUUUAAAAUAAGAAAUGGUCUUUGUUUAGCAUUAGAAUGUCUGGUUAAAGGAAAAUAUGAACUCAGCUUUCAUUAGAACCUUUCCUCCAUCAGUUCACAACCUUUUCCUACUCUGUGCCUUGAGCUUUGUGCACUUUGCAACUGUGUGAUGGUAUUGUCAAACUUACAAAUGCUUCCUGGAGAAGUUGCUGGUCUCCUGAACCAACCCACCAAAAUGUCAGGUGUGUCUUUGUGGCAGGAUGUUAUAAUUAAGUCGGAAAGUAGAAGUGUGUUGCACAUUGGUCAGAUCCCCCCGGUGGCACCAGAGCAUGUUCAUGUUAAUGUGGGGACCAAAUCUCAUGUAGCAUUUCCAUUCCACUGUCACUGCACCUGAUUGCACCAGCCGCUGUAGUGUGGGUAGUACCCUACUUCAGGUGGGUGGCACUGCAGCACUACCCUGUUUCACACUUUGGGGGAAUGUCCAGGGUUAAGAGCAGCUUCCUCUGACACUCUAGGAAGUGCUGUAGUUACUAAAACCAAAUGUGAUCUGUAGUGUGGACUUCCUGAUCCAGUUUCAUUUCAGUGGAAGAGAUAAGUACUUUAAAAAGUAGAGUCAGCACUCUGCAUCUCUUGAACAGUACAAGAUGUUUCAGUGGAAUAGGGAGGAAGUCACACUACUGCUUUAAGGCUUGCUUCUAGCUGUGACAAAGCUACAUUUUCUGUUUCACUAUACCCACAGUGCUAUUUAAUUUUCCAUAAAAGUCUCUGAAGCUUAUUCUAGUUGUUUUUAAAAGACAAAGAAAAAUCAAAAGAUAUGGCAAGGGAAAAAAUCUUUUUCUUCUGUUUUGCUUGAAUGUAAAUUGAGCAUAGGCUUCACUCCAUUGAGCUAGUGAUGGUUACUUCUUCAGAGAAUGAAAGACGUCCCAGGGAUGCUGUCACACUGCUGAUUUGCAGGUUUUUCAUAGAGCUGCCUCUGCCAAUUCAGUGUGUCCUUUUAGGGGAAUGUGAUGGGUAUGGGCCUUAGAAGUGGGAUCGUGAGACCAAGUAAGUCAUCUAAUAGAAGUCCUUGAUUUGUAAAAUUAUACAGUGGAGUAAAAGUAAAGGUGAGAUACAUUUUUAAGUACUUAGCAACCAGAGUUGAUGGAGUUUUGGAGGGCUUUAGUUAGACUCAUUCACCCUGAGCAUCAUGUAUUGUAUUGAUGAAUACGAAAUUACUCUAAGAACAUACACAGGCUCCAUGAUCUACUUAUACCAGUGACAUUCUAGUAUUGAGGAAGAAUUCCAUUUUAUUAUGAAGCCCAGAUUUUACUUUGCUCAAUGGAAUGCUUACUGUGGACUUAUAAAUAGUACUUGGGACUGAAGUGUCUCCUGCGUGGCUUUGAUGAUAUUUCUGAAAGGAAUAAAAUUGGAACAUUUCUAUAAACAUAGACAGAUUCUUCAGUAUCCUAAUAACAUACCCAAAUGCUUUUUCUGGGAGAGAACAGUCUUUUUGGCCAACAGCAGAAUUUUCCCUAUAAGAAAGCAUUGUAUUAUGCUGUGAAUUGGCAUUAAAACCUUUGGGAUGCCUUUGGAUUAUUAAGUUAAUGGAAAAUAUUUUAUAUUCUUUUUAUUAUUGUGUAUUAACAACAACAACAAAAAAGUAGGCAAAGAAAGGUCUGUAAAAUUUAGUUUCUCAAAAGUUUUGCACAGUGACUACAGCCAGCUGUGGGUCAGGCUUGGUACUCCAAAGCUUUUAUCAGAAGGUACCCUGAAGGGGCACACAUACACCCAGUACACGUGCCCUGGUUAUUACAAAUCUUGGCCCCUUGAGGUACAUUGCAGUGUGAAACGUAUUCCGGUAAGUUGAAAUUGACAUUGCUUAUUACUCAAAAUUCUUGACAGGAUUUUUAGCUUAUAACAUGAGAGGAAAUAAAAUUUGUCCCUCUCUCAUUUUUUAUUGACUGAGAAUACUACUAUGUGCCAGAAAGUAUUUUCCUCUCCCGUUUAUUUGUAUUCUUGCCAGGACAGUAUACGGUUUUUCCACCCCAGCUAAAUACUGGCUUUUGUAUGAAAUCAUUGGAGACAGAGUAUUUUAUAUGCCAGUUGAUUAGUCAACACAUGCAGUUGAUGUGGCUAGUACUAACAUGCAGCCAAAAACUAGACCUUUGGAAAGAAACCCAGGAGCCAGGUCAGUCAUCUUCAUAUAAUGCAUGUGAAAUACAUAGAUAAUACUGUUUUAAGAGACGGUGCAUAUUUUAAAGGUUGGCCUCAAGCUUCUGUAACAGUGUCAUAUCCCAUGACCUCUGUUGUCACAGCUACACCCUAACUCGGCAGGAAUUAUUGCUCCUUCAUUUGGGGAGGGACAAAAACCAAAACCUGGUGUUGUGACUCCUGUCCUAAUAGUUCUGAGGCAGGGCUAGUAAGAAGCACCAACCUGGACCUAUGACUUGAGCAUUAUUAAACUUUGCAGAGAAGUUUUUUCCUUUCAUCAGGAUGACGCUAAUUAGUGGGUAGAUGAGAUUGUGGAGGAAUGGAUCCCCAUGGCCGUGAACACUGUGCACAUGUUUCGCGUGCUCCGAUCUGUCCAGCUGCCACUUCCCUUGCUGUAUGCUAUGCUUUCAGGCUGCAAAUUUGCACAUGUGAAAAAUUCCUCAGGAAGAGUUUGCACAUGCAUCACCUUGCAAUAUUGUGUACAGACCAGAUGAGGGAUUUGAAGGUUUUUAGCACAAAAGGAUAACUUCAGAGUGGUCUGUAUGUCUACUAGCAAAGGUAAUGGUGGUCUAGCAAACAAAAUUGGUUUCUGCGGUUAUAAAGUGAGCAGGAGCAUUUGUAUCAUAGUAUUUAAAUAACCCUGUUGCAGCAUCCUGUAAUCAGAAUAAAUAACCCUUCCAGAAUUUGUUUCAUUGAGGCUGCCCAUAUUUUAUUGAUUGUUCCCCCAUCUUAAUUGCAGAUAAUUAUUUCUGUGAUUACAUGGGAGAGGCAUUGCCCUUGAAGUCAAGUUCCCUUCCUUAAUAAGCAGCUAUUACUAAGCUAACUGAGCAUUGUUUUAUGAAUAUACACUAAUCUGAAAUAUGAAAGAACAGACUAAAAAGCAAACAAAAAAAUUCUGCAUUAGCUAUCUUGUCAUUGUUUGGAUGUUUUGACUUGAUUUUUUUAAUGGUGUGUGUCACUGAUCUUUUAGUUUGGAUGUUACGUUUACUUUAAUCCAAGUAUAGACCUCUUAAUGGGACUUUAAAAUCCAAGGUCAGAAUGUGAAUCCCUUGAUUGAUACCUGUAAGAGGGUUACAAGACCUUUUCGUGAUCAUUGUUUUCAGUAAGAUUGUGUAAAGUGAAGUCAAAAUGGAGCUUAGAAGAAGAGUUCGUGGAGAAAUGGCUGUCCUGUGAACCAUUAUUGCCCUAUUACAAUUGGCCUCACUUUCUGGCCACCAAAGUAUGUGACAGGAGUCCUUUCCAAGGGAAAUAAUUCUUCUGUCCCCUCAUUGAUGCCUCCUCCACUGUCUUGACACCCUACUUGGAAUCUCUUUCAAAGCUGAGUGGAACAAAUCCAUGUACUGUUUCAGCUUAUGUUGAUGGAGGGGCUGUGGGAGAAUUAAGAAAAUGAUAAGAGAUCCAUUCUUACAGGGCCCUGGUAUAUUAUUUUACUCCUGCUGGUUGGAAAUCAUCUUCAUCUUAGGUUGGACUGCAUUAUUUAGAAAAUAUUUAUAGAUUAUAAUUCUGGGAAAUUUAUAGGAUGACUCUGGGGUUAAUUCUGUGGUUUGGAAAAAAUAAAUAUUUUGUAUUCUCACAUGCCAUUUCAACGUUGUAACUAUGUACUGAAUGCAAUAAGAUUGUGUAUAUUCUCUUAGGAGGGUGUGUUUUAUUAAACAGAUGGCAGUUUACUUGCUCCCAUUAGUCCAAUUUGUUGCUAUUACAGCCAUGGAAUCCAGGAGACAUUAUUCAAGUAUGAAGUUGUGGGGAGCCGUGGUUAGAAACAGGAAUGCUUAUGUAUAAUUCUGGAGGUCAUAUGUGGGCAACAGGUUUCUGCCACCCACCAGCACAACCAGGCAAGCAGGAAGAAAUGAAGCCUCAUCCCUGGUGGUGCUUGUCGGUCAGAAGGUGUGGUAAGCUCAGAACAGUUGUUCUGUACAGCAGCUCUGUUAUUAGUCCAAGAAAAACCAAAAGGUGGAUGAAACAAUGAUUGGCACGGGAUAAGUAGCCACUGACUUUGGCUCUGACCUUUAACCUGUGGUGGAUUUUGAAUCCUCUAUUAGGGUGUAUAGUAUCACUCUUAACAUUGUGGUUUGUGAAAUAAAUCUUGUACAGAGAUUCUUGGCCUUGUUAUGUUAUGUUGUAAAUACUGCACAGAUGUCUCUGGCCUUGAUACUCGGUUCACAGGAACUUUGUUAUAGUAUAGAUAUAUUCUAAUGCCUCCUGAAUGGUAACCACACUCAGCACAUAUCUGUCUCCACAGUUCACCACCUGCAGGCAGGGUGAGUGCCAGUCUUGAUCUCCCUGCAUGGUGAUAAAAAACAACUGUGCAUAUAACUAUACAUAGAAAGUUUUACAUACUCUGUAGGAUGUAUGUAGUAUGCAUAUAGGUACAUAUGUAGUUUCUCACCCAUGCCCCCUUGCAUACUCAUAUAACUUGUUUACACUGUGGGCCUUAAAGCAAAACUUUGGUUUGGAAAUUUUUUGUGUGGAUUGGCCAUGUUUUCUGUAUAUCCCUUUGUGUUUUCCUACCGUGAAUUUAGAAAUAAUCCUCCUAAGUUUUUUAUUUUACAAUUGUAGUUUCUUCCUAACAUUGUUCUCAGAAUGCCCUGUUUUGUUUGUUGUUUUAACCUAAGCCUGUUGUGGUGGUAUCUUACCUUUUAGUUAACCAGGUCUGGCAGAAUUUAGUGACUUUAUCUUUGUAUUUGAGUCACCUGACAGGUUUCCUUUUCAGCUGGAUAGGAUGCUAUUUAAACAUCCUCCUUUCUAGCAUAUUUUUUUCUUUUACAUAGUACAAAACUUCUACCAGAAUAAGUUCUGUAUGUGUAUUUAAUUUACUUCCUCUAUUGGCCUUUUUCUUAAUGAACAUUUCAGCAUACCUCCCUCAGUAAUUAAUAGAUCAUGCAGAAUACCAAAUUACUAGAAUUAUUAAGGAACUAGAAGGUUAAAUAGCACAGAUAAUAAACUUGACUUGGUGUGUGUGUGUGUAAAUACAUUACACCCUUCAGCAGGAAAAUAAGCAUUGUUUGCAAACCAAAUCUAAGAGUGUAUUUAAAGUAUAACAGAUGAUGACCAUAUUGGAUGUGCUGUAUCUCAAGGGAUGCAAGAUUGGCUUAAUAUUAGAAAAUCAAUUAAUGUGACUAAUUAAUGGAUUAAAGUUCUAUAAGCAAAUUGUUUAUGAAAAUCUAGAGAGUCUACAAGACAAAUUAAGAGUUUAUCAAGGAGGCCCGGCUGGUGGCACACACCUGUUAGCCCAGCACUCAAAGGGCUGAGGGAGGAGGAUCGCUGUGAGUUAGAGGCGAGCCUGGGCUACAUAGUGAGUUCAAGUCUAACCUGAACUACAUAGUGAGACCCUGUCUCAAAAACCAGCAACAACAAAAAGUUUAUCAAAGUUUUGGGGACAAAAUCAAUAUGCAAAUGUCAGUUUCAUUUUUAUAGACCAGCUACAUACAGUGAUGGGCUUUAAAUUUUAAAAAUGUAAAUAUAACUCAUAAUAGGAACAAAAAAAUAUAAAGUACCUAACAACAAAGCUUAAUGAAAAGUAUAUAAUACUUAUGAGAAAA